GAGGAACUCCCAAAGAAUAAUCCUACCGACGAUUGUCUUUCUCUUUGUCUUCACACUUUCCCUCCUUUAGGCUUCAAUUCCCACCACCAAGCUAGAGCUAUAAGAGAAGGGCAUGGGAAAUUGUAUAUUUGGAGGCCUAGGAGUGGCAGAAGGAGUGAUAAAGGUGAUAACAUCUAAUGGUGGAAUCUUAGAGUUUACCACACCAAUAACAACAGGAUCCAUCACCAACGAGUUUCCAGGCCAUGCUAUUUUUCCAAGCCAUGAUCUUUUUUGGAGACCACUUUCUCUACAAGAAGAGCUUCAUGGAGGUCAGUCUUACUAUUUACUCCCACUCAACAACUCAAAAAUUGGUGGCCAAAUAGUGAGAGAAGGUCAUGUUAGAUCAAAAAGUAUACCAGCUGCUGCUGCUACAUCAAAUAUUGUUGCACCUUAUAGGAUGUCCUUAGAUUAUCAAGGCAUGUUAAAGAGGUCAUACACUGAAGUUUUCUCUAGGCACAGCAGCAGCAGCAGCAAAAAUAAUUACAACAAAAGUAAUGAUGGGUUUUGGAAAGUGAAGCUUGUGAUUAGUCCAGAGCAGCUAGUAGAGAUUUUGUCCCAAGAGGCUAGCACUGAAGAGUUAAUUGAGAAUGUGAGAGCUGUAGCCAAAUGUGGAAAUGGGUUCUCAUCAUCAGCAUCUUCUGUUGACUUUUCAGAUUCUUGGAGUCUCUCUAGCAGCAGGACUGCUACUUGUAAGAAAGAUAGUUUAGUUGAUAUUUAGUGUGAAUCACUACAGUGUGCUUGAAAUC